GCUGUGGGAAGGUACAAAUCAACCUCACCUACUUGGCUGGGCCGGAUAACAUGGUCGUUAUAUGACCAUGUAGUCCAUUCUGGACCACGCCAGCGGCUGGACCAUCAGUAAACACAGGGCUGCAUAUCGAAUAUCUCAUCGUACUUUCUUACACGCUCAACCGACCUGCUACGCACGCUGCGUCUCAACCAGCACCGGAAUAAGUACUUAGGUAUCGAUCAUACAAGAUGGCCUCAGAAAACGAGGACUGGCUCAUAUGCACGGCCUGCGGGACCCAAUAUCCCACUGCAGACCGCCAGCAACAGACACGCUGCUUCAUAUGCGACGACCCCAGGCAGUUCACCCCACCCUCAGGCCAGAGCUUCACAACCCUCGGCAGUGUCGUGUCCUCCCUCGCCGGCUACAAGAACGUCUUCCACCGCUACGACAAGGACGACCGCCUGACCUUCAUCUACACCGCGCCAAAGUUCGCCAUCGGCCAGCGCGCCAUCCUCAUCAGGACCCCCGCCGGCAACAUCCUCUGGGACUGCAUCACACUCCUGGACCACGCCACCGUCCAGGAGAUCAACAGGCUGGGCGGGCUCAAGGCCAUUGUCAUCUCCCACCCGCACUACUACACCAACCACCUGCAGUGGGCCAGGGCGUUCGGCUGUCCCGUGUAUCUCGCCGCCGAGGACAAGCAGUGGCUGGCCCAGACGGACCCUGAGCGCCAGGUGUUCUUGGAGGCUGGCACGACGGAGCAGCAGGUCGCGGUGGACGGUCGGGACUCGGGGGCCACCAUCCUCAAGCUGGGCGGCCACUUCCCCGGCAGCCUGGUGCUGCUGUUCGACGGCCGCCUCUUUGUCGCCGACACACUCCUGACAACGCCCGCUGGCUUGGGAAGCUGGGAGGCUGAUGCGGUGGGCAACAAGCGGGAGGGCCACCUUGGCCGUCCCCAGGGUGCAAACUCGUUCGCCUUCAUGUGGAGCAUACCCAACAUGAUCCCCCUGUCGCCCGAGGAGAUCUGGGGCAUGUGGAACGUGCUGGGACAGCAUGAGUUCCGCAGCACGCAUGGGGCGUUCAUGGGGCAGGACAUCGAGGACGAAAAGAUCAAGGCGAGGGUGCUGUGGUCUGCCAAGAUUCAGGUUUCCAGGAUGGGCUGGAAGGGUCACGGCUUUUUGUUAGUAUCUGAGUAGCUAGCAGAUACUCUCUACUAAAGAUGUUGGUGAGAUCCAG